GUUUGUCCCAGCUCGCUUUCCAUCCCUCAGGCAGCUAGGCUUCACUCAGUGCCUCAAACAGGGAAGAAUCUCCAUCAACACCAGGGGAGUUGUGACUCACUUUGAAGUCUCUGUGUCGCAUUUACACUUAUGAUUAAACUCAAAAACACUGGAAUGUGGAGUUAGUCUGUUCAGCUGGUGUAGCUUAUUCAACAACUUUAACCUCCGAGAUUCAACAAGUAGGACUGCUCUCUCAGCAGCUCGACGCUUUAUACACAAAAGUUGCUCCAGUUUGUCCCUGUGGAGCACUUUGCAGUGAGUACCCUUCUCCUUCGGACAUCUAGGCUUCGAGCAGGCCGUGACUCUGUGGCCAUGAGGAAUCAUGGCGGAGCUGGAGGUGGAUCAGUCUAACCUGCCGCGGGUUCAGGAGGUGUCCCAGUAUUUCUCAGUUCUGGAGGAUGGAGCACUGGCACAUAACUUACAGGAGCAGGAAAUUGAACAGUACUACAGUUCCAAUGUACAGAGAAACCAACUGGUUCAGAAAGACAUCCGUGUAGCCAAGAGGCUGCAAGAUGAGGAGCAACAAAGAGCACAGGUUCUUCAUGAUCAAGCCACUCGUCAGCUGGAAGAGCAGGACUCCGAGUACGCCCGCAGGAUUCAAGAGGAGAUCCAGUGCGCCGCUGAGGAAGAGAGGAGGAGGCAAGAGGAAGAUGAGGAAAUAGCAAAACAAAUCCAGGAAGAGGAAGAGCUGUAUGUCAGACAGAGAUACAGUUGCCGAAGGACAGAUGGUGGAGAAAAUGGCAGCACCAUCGGCUCGCCAAACACAUUUCAGCCUAGUCGGCCCCUCUUCAGCGAAGAGGAAGAGUUGGCCUGGCAAAGCCGGGAGCAUCCUCCCUCUCCUUCCUCCUCAGACUAUGAGACCGACUACUGUGAACGCACGAGGCCUUUUAAUAGGGAGCACGCAGACCAUGUCGAGCAGAGACAUCAGCCUAGGCGUGAGCUGCCUCUCAGGAGACGUUCAGGACAAAGCCGCAGUAGCUUUGCCAGCCAGAGCAGCACAACCGGACAUCAUCUGAGAGGAUGGGGCAAUGUUGUUCAGCUCAUCAAAAAUGACCUGAGUGAGCAGGGCUAUCUCAGUUACAGUUCUGAAGAACUCUUUGAACCAGUCUAUAAACUGGAAAGAAUCCUGAGCCGGCACCAGCAGGCAUCGGAGCGGGGCCGCGAGCAGGGGACAAGACUAUGUCGGCCCAGCAGUAUGAGAGAGGGAAACAGCAGAAUGUGGCAGGGAGACCAAGUGGGCCGAAUGGAAAGAUAUAGACAUUCCAACUACAAGGACGGCGUAAGCAUGAGAUCAGAGAGCAGGCUGGUGAGAUAUUACAGCAGUAGUGACUGUAAAUCAGGGGACGGACAAAGACGUGUCCGCUUUCAGGAUGACCAGACACGCCAUGACUUUCACACUGAUGGUCAUAGAGCAUUUGAGGAAAAUCGUGGUGAAAGUAGGGGACUAAGGAGUUGUACUGUGAGACCCUAUCGAGGUAUUCAGGUAGACAGAACAUCAUUUGGUGAAGUAAACAGAACUUACAGACAUGAGGCUAACGGAGUUAGGAACUCCUUGUCACAGGAGAUAAGGGAGGAAGAGGAAGAUCGUGGCAGGCUCAGAGAGAGAGGAAGCUGGGAACGAGGCCACUACAGGGUUCGAGCAGAGCACAGGCCAAGAGCACACUCUCUCAGGGAGGAUAGGAGGCAGGAGGGGAGAAAAAGCAGACGGUAUGGUGGAGAAGGUAGCAGGAGACGUAUAAGGAGUGAGGGAUGGCAGGGUAAUCAGGAGGACAGGUCGAGUACUGAAGAAGAGGAGGUGGACAGGGAAAGGGAGAGAAGAAGGGAGGAUACUCGAGCGCCAAGGCACCCCCAGCGCAACCUUAGUGCGUCUUGCAGAGGGCGCUCUUCUGGAGCAGGGCAGAGGGUGAACAGACCCUCUCUGGAUUUGGGUGUACUCAGGCAGGUCCUGCAGGAUGAAGAACUCGCCCACAGGCUACAGGCAGAGGAAGAGGAGUUGCUCAGAGGGGAUCUUGCAUCUGCCUCAUCUUUAGAGAGGCCUUACCCAAAAGGAGACUUCACAGCAGCGCAGGUUGCUCAGGAUGAGGAGAUUGCACGCUUCAUGCAGAAGCAAGAGAUAAAGACUCAGCUGCGGUCUCAAGAGCUGGACAACUAUGGCUCUGGGCGAGGUUACAGAGAAAUGAGUCAUGUGUAUGACAACAGCGAGAUUUGUGAUGGAGAGACGCCGAGGGAGAGACUGAACUCGGAAGGGCUUUUGUCUCCUGUUGAUGACUGCUCUCCUGAACACCAACCCCCAAGUCCAGUCAGUUUAGCAGCGCAGCAGCAUCCCUUGAGGAAUAUUGCUGAAGAAUUGGAUCCAACUUUUCAACGGGAAGAGAAAGUGCAAGCAGGACAGAGUAUUUCUGGCACUUGCCCCAUCCAAGCUACACCACAGGCAGGUUCAUGCGAGGAGCCUGCAUUCGUGGCACCCACUAAGCGGCAAAAUGACAAACCAAGACGCACAAAGUCCAAAGAGAAAAAGGAAAACUCUAAAUCAAAAGAAAACUGUAAGCAGCAGUGAUGUCAGUGACAUUGUACUGUUAGUUGUGUUAUUACUGACCACAUUAACACGGACAGUUGUACACUGCAGCAACAAAAAACGUCAGGGGUAUAUCACAGUGAUUUAAUGGAUUUUUUAACCCUAACCUUUGCUUUCCUUGGAAGGUUUGCUGCCAUUAACAUAAUGCUGCCAUUAUGGUGACAUGCAGGCCCCAGUGACUCAAAUGGGACAUAAUAAUAUUUAUAAUUUGCGUCUGGGGAAUUGGUAAUAACUCGGUCUGCUGUUGUGUCAGACAUGUUUUCAUUUUUGGCACAUUGUUCAGCUUGAUGAGGGACUGCGAUGAGCCCUAGGGUGUUCUGUGAAAUCAUGUCUGAUUUUCAGUUAAAACUAACUAUAUUUCUGAAUUCACAUUACACGUAUUCUUAGUAUAACUGAAAUAGCUUCUCUUUUUUUUUUCUUUUUUUUUUAUCCGACCCUGGCUCGGCAGUGUUAUCAGUUCCCCCAUGCUUCCUGUGUGUCUUUAUCUACACUGUAAUUGCAGCUUUGUUUUUCAAAAUGUAAAAUAUGCAGCUUAUUCUACCUUUUUUGUUUUCCUCUAUUGUUUACAGAACUGCUAUUAGUAGUAUGUACACUAAUGUUUGACAAGGUUGCCCUUUCAUUGUGCUCCUGUCACAAAAUACAAUCUAAAACAGUUUCAGUUUAGAAAUGAUGGGAGUACUGUUUUUCAGUAAUGUUACUGUCUGGAGCUGUUUGGUGAAUCAUGGACCUCUACAUUAAGUUAUUGAGUCUGAUAUAUUAAAAAUGUAAAGAAUUGGUA